AAAUAAAAAUAAAAAGAAAUCAGAAAUUUGUUGUUUAAUUCCCAUUGAAGAGCUGAAAAGGAAUUGUAGCUAAGCUCUUAAAUUAGUGAAUCAUCGAGUGGGUUGCCUUCCAUCUCUCUCUCUCUCUCUCUCUCUCUCUCUCUCACAGUGACUUAACGUAAACAACCUUCUUUCUUGUGGGCUUCGUCCCGUCCGUUCCUAAUUCCGUUUUUGCGUCGUAUCUACCUGUCUCCCACGUGGGUUAUGGCGCCGGUUCUAUCUCGGUUACUGUUCCGGCGGAUUGUUCAGGCACCAUUUCUUCGCACCUCCACCGGCUUUAGCUUUUGCAGAAAUGUUCAUUCUAUCCCUUUCUCUUCGGUGGAAGUGGAGCAAAUAUCAGGUUCUAAGCCAGGAGAAGUUCAUAACUUGGUGCAGGGUAAAUGGAUUGGAUCUUCCGGUUGGAACACCAUUGUAGAUCCUUUAAAUGGAGAACCAUUUAUUAAAGUUGCUGAAGUUGAUGAAACAGAAAUUCAGCCAUUUGUGAAGAGCCUGACCAAAUGCCCCAAGCAUGGCUUACAUAAUCCUUUGAAAUCACCCGAGAGAUAUCUUUUGUAUGGAGAUGUAUCGUCCAAGGCCGCUGACAUGCUUUCGACACCAGAGGUGACUGACUUCUUUGCAAGGUUAAUUCAAAGAGUUUCUCCAAAAAGUUAUCAGCAAGCUUGGGCUGAAGUCAAUGUUACUGUUAAAUUUUUAAGGAACUUCUCUGGUGAUCAGGUUCGCUUCCUAGCAAGGUCCUUUGCAGUACCUGGAGAUCAUCUUGGACAACAAAGUCAUGGUUACCGUUGGCCUUAUGGUCCUGUAGCAAUUAUCACUCCUUUCAACUUCCCCUUGGAAAUUCCUUUACUUCAGGUGAUGGGUGCACUCUACAUGGGCAACAAACCUGUUCUAAAAGUUGAUAGCAAGGUUAUCAUAGUUAUGGAGCAAAUGAUUCGAUUGCUACACCAUUGUGGUCUUCCUCUUGAAGAUUUAGAUUUCAUAAAUUGUGAUGGAAAGACGAUGAACAAGUUAUUGAUCGAGGGAAAUCCAUCCAUGACUCUUUUCACUGGUAGCUCAAGAGUGGCAGAAAAGUUGGCUGUUGACUUGAAGGGUCGCAUUAAACUGGAAGAUGCAGGUUUUGAUUGGAAAGUCUUAGGACCAGAUGUUCGAGAGGAAGACUAUGUUGCAUGGGUUUGUGAUCAAGAUGCAUAUGCUUGCAGCGGCCAGAAGUGCUCGGCACAGUCCAUAAUGUUCAUGCAUGAGAACUGGUCGAAAACUUCACUCAUUUCGAAGAUAAAGGAUCUGGCAGAGAGAAGAAAUUUGACUGAUUUAACGAUUGGCCCUGUUCUAACGUUAACAAAUGAAAUGAUGCUAGAUCACAUGAACAAAUUGCUCACGAUACCAGGAGCAAAGUUACUGUUUGGAGGUGAACCUCUCAAAAACCAUUCCAUUCCAGCCAUUUAUGGUGCUAUGAAACCCACUGCAGUGUAUCUUCCACUCGAAGAAAUGAUGAAAGAUGAGAAUUAUGAGCUUGUUACUAAGGAAAUUUUUGGACCAUUUCAGAUUAUUACUGAAUAUAAGAGCGAUCAACUGUCAGUUGUGUUGGAUUCUCUUGAGCGGAUGCAUGCUCAUCUAACAGCAGCGGUUGUUUCAAAUGACCCUCUUUUUCUACAGGAAGUUAUUGGGAAUACUGUAAACGGGACGACGUAUGCGGGUUUACGAGCUAGAACAACAGGAGCUCCGCAGAACCAUUGGUUUGGACCAGCAGGUGACCCUAGGGGUGCUGGUAUUGGAACUCCAGAAGCCAUCAAACUCGUAUGGUCUUGCCAUAGAGAGAUCAUAUAUGAUAUUGGCCCCUUGCCCUUGAAUUGGACAACUCCACCAUCUUCUUAAAAUGUUAUCAGAGUCAGAUGUUCUUUACCUGAUCGCUUAGGCUAGCCUAACAACCAUAAUCUAUGACCAUUUUCUAGUUGCAGACAAAUAAAAGGUUCAUGAUUAUGGUGUUAAAUUUAGCUGAACAUCGACCAUUGUACUUCAAAUUUCUCCUGGUGGUAUUUGCACCAUCUAAGGAUCUGUUCCACAAGAAAAAGGCCAUGAUUAUACAAUAUAAGCAGGUUGUCUUCUUUAA